AUCGAUUUCGACGCCUGGGCGCGUAUGGUGAAACGCUCCAGGGAUGAGGAACUGAAAAACCUAGACAUGUUGCAAGUGAGACCUUCCGUUGAAACGCAGGCCAAAACCAAGGGUCCACCUCCUCCCAUACCUAAGAAACCCAAAAACCCAUUUGCGUCUUCAGGUGCAUUUCCAGGGUCAGAGGUCACAGCUGGCCCUACAGACGAUGACCACCAGGAAGUGGAACCCGUCGCGUGGAGGACCAGGGCGGAGGACAUCCUCCGUCCUGACCAGGUCAGCUGGAGGGACUCCUGUGACUACGGCAACCACCGAGAAGCAAGCGAUGAAGAUGAGGGUAGCGAUGGCGAGGCUGUGGAGGAGAGCGAGGUGUCUCGCUACAAGCCUGUGUCUGAGCUCAUUAAGGAGACCAACCAGAUGCACCAGAAGGUCAGACGUCACAGGGACUCAUUUAGAGGCCCAGACAUGAGGAACGACAGCGGGCCAAGCGAGCAGGGAUCCAGCCUCAAGGUGUCCCAGAUGAAGAAGACUUUCGACGCCACGAAGAAGCCCGCGGAGAGGCCACCAGAGGCCAAGCCUCCACCCAAGAAAGACAUGUUCAGGCGAGUCGUGCGACAGAGUAAGUUCCGUCACGUCUUCGGCCAGGCGGUGAAGAACGACCAGUGCUAUGACGACAUCCGCGUCUCCCGGGUCACAUGGGACAGCUCGUUUUGCGCUGUCAACCCCAAGUUCGUCGCCCUCAUCAUCGAGGCCAGCGGGGGCGGGGCCUUCCUCGUCCUCCCUCUACAGAAGACUGGUCGCAUAGACAAGACCUACCCGACCGUGUGUGGUCACACGGGGCCUGUGCUGGACAUUGACUGGUGCCCUCACAACGACCACGUCAUCGCCAGCGGUUCGGAGGACUGCACCGUCAUGGUGUGGCAGAUCCCUGAGAACGGCCUGACGGUUGCCCUGUCGGAGCCCGUAGUCGUGCUGGAGGGACACUCCAAGAGGGUUGGCAUCGUAACCUGGCACCCCACUGCCCGCAACGUACUCCUCAGUGCAGGCUGCGACAACCAGAUCAUCGUGUGGAACGUGGGCACGGGCGAGGCCAUGAUCACGCUGGAGGACAUGCACCCUGACGUGAUCUUCAGCGCCUGCUGGAGCCGCAACGGCAGCCUCAUCUGCACGGCCUGCAAGGACAAGAAGGUCCGCGUUAUCGACCCGCGCAAGGAGAAGGUGGUGGCGGAGAAGGACAAGGCCCACGAGGGAGCUCGACCAAUGAGAGCCAUCUUCCUCGCCGACGGCAACAUCUUCACGACCGGCUUCAGCCGCAUGAGCGAGCGGCAGCUAGCCCUGUGGAACCCUAAAAGCAUGGAUGAGCCGAUAUCAGUCCACGAGAUGGACACCAGCAACGGAGUCCUCCUGCCCUUCUACGACCCCGACACCAACGUGGUCUACCUGUGUGGCAAGGGCGACAGCAGCAUCCGCUACUUUGAGAUCACGGACGAGGCUCCGUUCGUGCACUACCUCAACACCUUCAGCAGCAAGGAGCCCCAGAGGGGCAUGGGGUACAUGCCCAAGAGAGGCCUGGACGUCAACAAAUGCGAGAUCGCCAGGUUUUAUAAACUGCAUGAGAGAAAGUGUGAGCCGAUCAUCAUGACUGUUCCCCGGAAGUCGGAUCUGUUCCAGGACGACCUUUACCCGGACACGGCGGGGCCGGACUGCGCCCUGGAGGCGGAGGAUUGGUUCGAGGGGAAGAACGGAGAUCCCAUCCUCAUCUCCCUGAAGAACGGCUACGUGCCCGGCAAGAACCGGGACUUGAAGGUGGUGAAGAAGAACGUUCUGGAGAGCAAGUCGGCUACGAAAGCAGAGCACACCUCACCGGCCCAGAAACAGGCCUCUCCACAGCCCUCAAUAAAAAAUGAGGGUAAGUUGGAGGAGCUGCUCCGAGAGGUCAAGUCUCUGCGCGACCUCGUGACCCUACAGGAUCGCAGAAUCGCCAAACUGGAGGACCAGGUCGCCAAGGUUGCCAUGUAGGAAACGCCCCCCCACCCCCACCCCCCCCCCCCCCCCUUCUCAGGACCAAUCCUCGGUUUGGAGAGAGUUACGUGGGCGGGGCCAGUCACUGCCAAAUUGAAAAUUCGGCUUCAUCAUUCCGCUUGGUGUUUUCCCAGUGACAAUCCCAAGCACACAUUCCAAGACAAACGUUUUUUUUUUUUUCUCAUCAUGCCAACCCUCUCAGUCCUUCCUCUUAAAACACUGACAAAGAAAAAAAAACUCUUGCGAUCCAUCGUCCACCUUUUUACCGGGGAUAAAACAUAUAACUGCCAUUUUUGUUGAUGGUUAUGUUGAAGUCUUAAUUAUUUUUUGGGGUUUUGUUAUUGUUUGAAAUUGUGGUCAAGGACAUUCUGAUUGUGAAGUUUGUACUUACUGCGAUAAUAUCAAUGAUUUUAUGUAACCAUCAGUAUUGCCAUAUUCCCUUGAUUUUCGUGCUGCCAAAUUUAAACGUGUGUGUGUGUGUGUGUGUGUGUGUGCGCGCGCGUGUCCAUGCACUCUUACAUCCUUCAUUUCUUUUUGUGUCUUCUCUCCUGUUGUACAUUCCACAGGCUCUCAUAGAAAUGAAUUAGUCAACGAGAAGAAUAGGUUUUUUGUUCUCUCUCUCUCCAAACUAUAGCUGUUACACUGUUGCUGACGAGUGAGUGAGAAACACGAUUUUCUGCCCACUGCUCGUGUUCAUAAGCAUCAGGUGGGUGAAUGUGAAGGGGCUCCUUCGGCUACUUUUAGCACCUGCUCUUUACGGGCUUUAGAUUUUAACUGUGGGGGGUGGGGAGGAGGGUGGGGGGUGGGGGGGAGGGCGUUUCGGAGGCGGUUAGGAGACCCGUGGCGCUCUGGUGUAAAUGUUGUGUAAAUGUAGUGGUGCCUAUGUCACUCUGUGACUGGUAUUAAGGGUCAAACUGAGGUAGGCCUCCCUGCUGUCUGUGAAGGGACCACUCUCAGCACCUGUUUCACUGAACCCUCAGACAAAUAGUCCUGUGCAUGCAAUAAAGAUUUUACUCAUGCAGAUGUCUUCUCCACAAUAAAUCCCUUUGUUCUGA